AUGGAGUGGAAGCCACCUAAGAAUGCGACAGAAGUUAGAAGCUUCUUAGGGUUAACAGGUUACUAUAGGAGAUUUGUGAAGGGGUUCUCACUCAUUGCAACUCCAUUGACCAGAUUAUUGCAUAAGAAUGUUAAGUUUGAAUGGAAUGAUAAAUUUCAAGCAAGCUUUGAGAAGUUGAAGGCAAUACUUACAGAAGCACCCAUUCUUACACAACCAGUGUCAGGGAAAGACUUUGUAAUCUAUAGUGAUGCCUCACACAAUGGACUGGGGAAGGUGAAUGUAGUAGCUAAUGCUUUAAAUAGGAAAUCUCUAGUAGCUUUGAGAGCCAUGAAUGCUCACCUAACUUUAGCACCAGAUGGAGCUAUUGUAGCUGAGUUGAAAGUAAAGCCAAAUUUGAAGAGGAAAGAUAUUGACUAUGAGGUUGGUGAUAAGGUCUUCUUGAAGGUGUCACCAUGGAAGAAGGUGCUCAAAUUUGGGAAGAAAGAAAAUGCAAAGUUCAAGAUGUUCACAAGGUUGAUCGGUGCACCACCCGAAAAUGAGGGUAUAAGAGAAUUACUCACUAACCUCAUAAUGAGGGGAACUGCAAGUAGAAGUGGAAGGGGUGAAUCUUAA